CCCUCCCCCCCCACUAAAAUCCGAGCUAUCCAGCCUCUCGUUCCCAAACCUGCCGGGAGUUGGCUGUCGCGAUGUACAACACGGUGUGGGAUAUGGACCGCGAUGACACGGACUGGAGGGAAGUGAUGAUGCCAUAUUCCACUGAGCUGAUAUUUUACAUUGAAAUGGACCCUCCAGCUCUUCCUCCAAAGCCCCCCAAGCCAAUGACUCCAGUCAAUACAAAUGGAAUAAAGGACAAUUCCAGUUUCUCUCUGCAGGAAGCAGAGUGGUACUGGGGGGACAUCUCAAGGGAAGAAGUAAAUGACAAAUUACGAGACAUGCCAGAUGGAACCUUCCUGGUACGCGAUGCAUCAACCAAGAUGCAGGGAGACUACACUCUGACGUUACGGAAGGGUGGCAACAACAAGCUGAUCAAGAUCUAUCAUCGGGAUGGAAAAUAUGGCUUUUCUGACCCACUGACGUUUAAUUCAGUCGUGGAACUCAUUAACCACUACCGCAAUGAGUCUCUUGCUCAGUAUAACCCGAAGCUUGAUGUGAAGUUGAUGUACCCAGUGUCCCGGUACCAGCAGGAUCAGUUGGUGAAAGAAGAUAAUAUAGAUGCAGUAGGUAAAAAGCUUCAAGAAUACCAUGCUCAGUAUCAGGAAAAGAGCAAAGAGUACGACAAAUUGUACGAAGAAUAUACCAGAACAUCACAGGAAAUUCAGAUGAAGAGGACAGCAAUUGAAGCAUUUAAUGAAACUAUUAAGAUAUUUGAGGAACAGUGCCACUCACAAGAGAGAUACAGCAAGGAGUACAUUGAGAGGUUUCGCAGGGAGGGGAAUGACAAAGAAAUUGAACGGAUUAUGAUGAACUAUGAAAAAUUAAAAUCACGCCUGGGUGAGAUCCAUGAUAGCAAAAUGCGCCUGGAACAAGACUUGAAGAAACAAGCUCUGGACAACAGGGAGACUGAUAAGAAAAUGAAUAGUAUCAAACCUGACCUAAUUCAGCUCCGCAAAAUCAGAGAUCAGUAUCUUGUAUGGCUCAAUCACAAAGGGGUGAGACAGAAGCGAAUAAACGACUGGCUGGGGAUCAAAAAUGAAAAUACUGAUGACACAUACUUUGUGAAUGAAGAAGAUGAAAACCUGCCACAUCAUGAUGAGAAAACCUGGUUUGUUGGGGAUCUCAACCGUAUCCAAGCAGAAGACUUGCUCUGUGGGAAACCUGAUGGAGCAUUUUUAAUUCGUGAGAGUAGCAAGAAAGGAUGUUACGCUUGUUCUGUGGUAGCUGAUGGAGAGGUGAAACACUGUGUGAUCUACAGCACUCCAAGAGGUUACGGGUUUGCAGAACCGUACAACCUGUAUAGCACACUUAAGGAUUUGGUUCUUCAUUACCAGCAGACAUCCCUUGUCCAACACAAUGAUUCCCUAAAUGUCAGGCUUGCCUAUCCUGUCUACGCACAGAUGCCCCCCUCUCUCUGCAGGUAAAUUUUGGGGAGGAGGAAAGCGUUGGCUAUCUUGGAUUCUUUUCUACGAUUUUUACUAGAACUUGGAGGGCAUUCUUUCUCCUUAGACUGCUUGUUUUGCACAAGAAGUGAUUCUGUGAAUGUGAAUCAAAAAGAGGCCUAGCAGCAACAAGACGACAACUUGGGUGUAGGUGUCCUGGUGCUACCUUAAAAGCUCAGCUGUGCUUUUACACCAAUACUUUUGUUUCCUUAUGAGGGGAAUAAACUCAACGCAGCGCAUAUGAAAAUACUGGAAGCAAAGCAUCAUUUUACGGAGAUAAUUUUUUGCCAGGCACCUUCAGUGGAACUUCUAGUUGGAUUUUGUUUUCUCUUGUUCUAGUAGAGACAAUUUGAAGCCUCUGCUUGAGGCAUCAGUAAUGUCUUUCAGUCUUAAACUCCCAACAAACUAGGGGGAAACUCUACCACAGCAAUUCUUCUCUGUUAAUUUUAGCAGCUUCACUGCGAUUCAGCCGGACUUCCAAAAGAGGGCUUGUCUUGAGGUAGCAUGGAAUUUGGUGAGAGAAGACCAAAGG